AUGGCUCCCCCCUCGGUCACGCUCACAGCCCCGCCUCACUCGCCUUCAAGGUCAAGGUCAGUCUCACAACCCAUCCCCGAGGAUUCCGCCUUGGAUCACCUCGACACGCUUUCUCCCCUCAAACCCUCUCGUGCAACCGUAUUCCGCUCCCAAUCUUCGAAUAACAUGUCAAGAAGUCAACAUGCCUCUGGGAACUCGAAUCAACACCAUUCCUCAAGUCCAAGUUUCCGUAAACCCCAAGGUCGAGCCAGAAGUAGCAGUCUGGUUACGGUGACCGAGGUUGGUGGCGAUGACCCUGACAAUGUCGUGGAUAGAUUGGGUGUCGGUAACAAUGAGAAUGCUGAAUGGGUCAAUGCUCCAGGUGCUUGGGUUAUGCAUCCUCUUCUUAUAUUGCUCGCUAAGAUGUUGAUCGACGCUAUUCCUGGGAUGACACAAGAUGUCAGUUGGACAAUCGUCAACCUCGGUUACAUGUCUGUUUCUUUUCUCAUGUUCCAUCACGCCACAGGUGUCCCAUUCGAAUCAACAAUGACUUCUGCCGGCGCAUAUGACGAUUUAACGCUUUGGGAGCAAAUCGAUUAUGGAGCGCAGUAUACACCGGCGAAGAAAUUCUUGACCAGUGUCCCAAUAGGAUUGUUUUUGAUAUCAACGCAUUACACGAAAUACGACUAUAUACUUUUCGUUCUCAACUUCGCCGCUUUGGUAUUCGUGCUAUUUCCCAAGCUUCCUAUCCUUCAUCGUCUUCGAUUCCAUUUCGCUGUUCCCGAUACCGACUCUGCCCCUACUCCACUUACAUCCCGACCUCCGUCUCCUUUCAUGGACAAAACGUCCAAAUUAUCGUCAUAA